CAGGCCCGGCCCCGGGAUGGCGAUGUUCCGCAGCCUGGUGGCUUCGGCUCAGCAGCGACAGCCGCCGGGCGGGCCGGCGGGCGGCGACAGCGGCUUGGAGGCGCAGUACAGCUGCCCGAUCUGCCUGGAGGUGUACCACCGGCCUGUGGCCAUCGGCAGCUGCGGCCACACGUUCUGCGGGGAGUGCCUCCAGCCCUGCCUCCAGGUGCCGUCCCCCCUCUGCCCGCUGUGCCGCCUGCCCUUUGACCCCAAGAAGGUGGACAAGGCUGUGCAUGUGGAGAAGCAGCUCUCGUCCUACAAGGCACCUUGCAGAGGCUGCAGCAAGAAGGACUGCCCAGCCCCUCUGCAGCCCCCCGGGACCCCAGCUAAGGUCCGCCCCAGUCCCGCAGCCGGUGACCAGAUGUACCUGCCGACAGGUGACGCUGGCCAAGAUGAGGGUGCACGUCUCCUCCUGCAUGAAGGUCCAGGAGCAAAUGGCCAACUGCCCCAAGUUCGUCCCCGUGGUGCCCACAUCCCAGCCCAUCCCCAGCGCCGUCCCCAACAGGUCCACCUUCACUUGCCCCUACUGCGGCGCCCGCAACCUGGACCAGCAGGAGCUGCUCAAGCACUGUGUGGACAACCACCGCAGCGACCCCAACCGCGUGGUGUGCCCCAUCUGCUCGGCGAUGCCCUGGGGGGACCCCAGCUACAAGAGCGCCAACUUCCUGCAGCACCUGCUGCACAGACACAAGUUCUCCUACGACACCUUCGUGGAUUACAGCAUCGACGAGGAAGCCGCCUUCCAGGCUGCCCUGGCCCUGUCUCUGUCCGAGAACUGAAGGCACAGCCCAGCCCCUGGACCUGACCCCUCCGGCCUCGGGAGACUGGGCCGCCUCCGGGGACUGGGUCUCCCGCGCCUGCGCGGGACAAGCGGAGCCUCCUGUGUUGCCGGACAGGUGGUCCCCGAGCCCGCCAGGGCCGGGGUCCUCGGAGGGUGGACACCCGUGCUCCUGGCCAAGCGCGGCUGGCUCCCUCGGUGCUUCGGGCUGAGCAGGUGGCCCUCGCUGGGCCCGAGAUCGGGGGCGGUCUGUCUCCAAGCCAUGCUGUCCUCGUCCGACCCAGUGCGCCCCAGUGGGGUCCCGCAGGCCUGUGCGGAGCAGGAAGCCCAGGGGAGCCCCGCCCACCAUGGGGGGGCCGCUUCCAGUUCACCCGCUCGGGACUGGCUUUUGUGAUACUUAGAAUUCUGGCGUUUUUCUAUACUAUCCAGCGUGAUGAUCUUUCCACAUUUUAUAGAGCAGUUACUGCUCGUACUGCAAUACCCGUGUUUGACUAGACAAUAGUAUUUUUAUGGAACAUUUACAAAAUUAUAUUUUUUAAAAAAACAAUCAAAAAAUAAACAGUUGUGGGGUCUGCGCUGGGGAGCAAAAGGCGCCGACGCCAGAGCCAGAGCGCGCCCCGGGGCUUUGCUCAGACAGAUCCUGGCGCUGCUCUGCUGGGUUCCCCUUCCUAACUGCCAGGAGGAACCCCCGGGCACCCAGCUGCUCGCAGAGGCUCCUGACUCCGUGGUCGCCCCAGCAGCGCCGGCUCCUCCCACUGGGGUCCUGGCCCUGCUGUCUUCUCCCCAGGCCGCCCCCAAGCGCUGUCGGUAGGCCGUUCCUGGGGGCGACAGCUGGGGAUGGAAGACGCCGUCUUACUCUUUCAGUUCACGGCAUAAAUUAUUGCUCUUUUAGAAAAACUUCAAUAAAACAUUUCAAAGCA